UACAAAAUUUCGCGAAAACAGAAGUUCUAGGACGAGGCCUAAGACGCAUGAUCAAUUUUCUUUCAUUCUCUGUCAGCUAGUGAAUAUCGAUUUUAAAAUAAAUAGGACAAAAGUUUCAUAGCCAGUAAACAUGUUACGGGUCUGAUAAAUAAACGUUUCGUGGAGAUAAUGUUGCAUAUAGCGCUGCUAAGCUUGUGGAUCCUACAUUUUCACAAUGCGAGAGCUCAAGGUGACUGCACGGAUCUUCGCGGGCGCGUGAUUUCUCACGGUCUGCAUUACGUGCCCGGCCCGGAUACCUGCACACUUUGCGUCUGCGACAAUGGACUGCCUAAAGUGUGUAAGUCGGUCCUGUGCUCACCACCACAGGACUGUCAGUCAUUUCGGAUGGGUGACAUAUGCUGUGAGUUCAUAUGCCUGGAUGACAUAGUGAAGCCUGUAGACAGUACGGAGGCUAACAUCAGGGUGGCAGCCGGAGGAGCGGCUGCUGUCUUUCUCCUCUCUCUCGCACUGAUAGUUUACAGAAUCAGAAGACAAAAGAGAAGAAGACCCUUGCAUGCUGAAGAUCAGAGGAGCUUGACAAGCAUAGGGUACAUAAGUGGUAGCAUGGGAUAUAUGGGGGGAACAUGUGAAACGGCUUUGGGAGCUUGGAAACCAUCCGGAAAUUAUCUGCCAAGGGGGGAAGCUCCACCACCUUAUGAUGAGGUUGUUGCUCAAUGCCGUGGAGAUCAGAUACGAAUAAAUGGUGAUGGAUCUUAUCAUAGGAGUUUUGCGAGUGUAGUGGAGCCUUUACAACGAGCUGAAGAUAUACAGUGCGGUAACCAUGGAUACAGUCAAAGAUCUGUGGCACAGAUAGCUAACACUCAGAAUUGCUACAACGCUCCACUUCUACAACCUGUGCAUCAACCGGAGACGAGAGAAGCCACCAUUAUAACACACCACCCUCUGACAGCUAACGUGCCGCUGGCGGCGCGUCUGACGGGCUCGCUCGGCGCUAUCAGCGUCCGCGAGCCUCGCCCGCACAACGUGCCGGGCUUCUACGCGCCCGCACCAACGCAACUCCUUACUUUGCACCGCACCAUCCCUCGCAUAUCUACGGACAGCGGCGUGGAGUGGACGGUGGCGGGUGAGGCGCGGCGUUCGUUCCACCGGCCGCGCGCCGCCGGCCGCAGCGUGCCGCGCAACCUCGACAUCGCAUCCGCCGCCCCCGCGCCCCCCGCACCCCACGAUGGCGUAGUGCGUGCGGGCAGCGGGCGGUCGCGCGCCCACAGCGCGGAGGAGGGCGACAGGCCGCCCCCGCCGCCGCCCCCUCUCACACCCCCGCCUAAUGCGUCCCUGCCGCUUACCGUUGACAAGCCGUCGUGCGUGUGCAGCUACUCGGGCGGCGGCGGCGGCGCGGACGGCGGGGAGGACGACUACCGCAGCGAGUGCGAGAACUGCAAGACCACCGACACCGGGUACGAGUGUGGGAGGAGAACGGCGAGUGGUCUGAGGGCACGCAGACACUACAGCGGCGUGCGCCCCCGCCCCCAGCGCCGCCACCCGCCACCGCCACUCUGCCACAGCCCGUCACCAGGCGUACUGUAAUGGGACCCCCGUCUAACUGGGAGAACUGGUUCAACACGAUACCGGACUCCGACUCCGAGUCGGAGGAGGAGUGAACCGGACAUGUCCGCACCGGACAAGUUCGACCCGCCCUCAUUCCCGGACAUGUCCGAUACCAUUAAGCGUAAGUCGAAUCUCAGAAGACGAGUACAGGCGUAUGUGAAACUUCUUUUAUCCAAAAGCAAAAUUUUAUAACGCGCUUAAAAUUGCAUUCUCAACGGCCAAUGAAGUUUUACUUCAAAACAAUCAUGUGUGUUAAUGUAGGAGGUAUGUAAAGUAAAACGUAAGGUACUCUUUAGCUAACACGAUACCACUUUUCGGCUUAAUUUUUUUUAUAUUCUUCCCAGCGGCAAUGAAUUAUGUCUUUACAAGUAUCGAAGAUCCC